CAUCCAUCUGUCAUUAAAAAAAGCAGCAACGAUGGCGGAAGGGGGAGUUGCGCCCCAGCCUCCUCUGAAAAGACCGCCGAGGCCAUCUCCUGAUUUAUCACCAGGGGCAACAUUCACUGAUAUGGAUCCAGCACCUUCCAUUUCGUCAGUCCCAAAGAUUCCCUCCCGACCAGCUCCGCCCAUUCCUGGGGGAAGGGCGCUGCCAAAGCCCCCUGAUCCCGGGGGUAGGGUUCCUCCAAUGCCCCCUUCUAAACCGCCUGCCACAUCUGUGCCUAGUUCACAACCUGUGCCUAUGAGGGAAAGUAGUACCAGGUUCAAAGCAGAACAAACCAAGAUUCCUCCACGGCCAGCUUCUUCAUCUGGAGACAAAAUGGCAGCAAAAAAGCGUCCAGAGAUUACAAUAGUUUGUGCAAGACCAAUGAGCGAGGUGGGGUUCCGAGACCAGUCAAAAGAUCUAAACCAGUCAAAUAAUUCUUCUGCUGCAAGUACUAGCCAAUCAAAACCAUCCCCAGAGGUGACUCUACGCAAAUUGCCUGCAGUACCGCCUCGUACUGAUAAAAAACAGGAAAGCAACGAGAGGGAAGAAAAACAUACUCCUCAAUCUAGCAGAAAACCACCUCCCAUUCCGCAACAACUGCCUAGUCGUCCCCCUCCGUCGUCGGCAAUUCACCCUCCUCCUUCACCCCGUCCACGGGUAGCAGCAAGGAAUUCAUCGUCAAUAUCAGAUAAAAAAGUUUCCCCCUCAAAUCAAGAGGAAAAAAUUUCUAUACGACCAGACGAUACAUCAAAUAUGGAGGAACUCAUUGUACCAUUGAAACCAGUGUCUUCAUACUCGCAGUCAAACUCACCAGGGGAGACAAAUUCUGAUGAUGUUACGCCUUCAGUUCAACCUCAGUUUAAAAAGCCACUUCGCCCAACAAUAAUUCGACCCCAGAAGAAAGGUCCAGUACAGAAGCUGAAAGAGUCGGAAUCAUCUGAAACAAAACUGGUGACAUCUAGUGGCGAUGAACGUAAUAUAAAGGGAGAUAACACAAAUGAAAAUGUUGUUAAUUCCGAAAGAUUGAGCGUAUCGCCUGUGUUAAGACCUAAGCCAGUUGCUAGGGAGAGACCAAAGUCUAUGUCUAUAGCGGAUAGUAUAAAACAGUUUGAAUCUAAGACAGAUGCUCGGGCCAUUGUGCCGAAAAUAACGGGAAAUAAGCCUCCUCCGUUAACACCGAAACCUAAACCGAACAUUCUCCCCAAACCAAGCAAGCCUAGUAUUACCUCUCCUACUGAAUCAUCUACAUCAUCUUCUGUAUCCUCUACCCCAACAUCAGUUGUGGUUUCCCCUGUAGAGACUUCUUCUUCAGAACAAUUGUCUGGACCACAGCAUGGCCAAGACGUGCAUAAAGCAACUGAAGAGGUUUCUAAACCUAUAACCCAAGCAAUGAAGACCUCAAAAAGGCCAACUAUUAUCCGUGCUCCAUCAAAACCAAAACGAUUGAGCACCAACUCGUCUGGUGACGAAGACGAUAAAGACAUUGUGAAGGAAGAUAAGAAAGUAGAGGAGAGUUCAAAUGUAGUUGAGGUUAAGCGGCGUGUAAAAUCGACAGCUGAUGAUCUUCUAGUCAAUAAAAACAAUAAAGCACCACCACUACCCAAUAAACGGCCAGUUUCGAUCGCAGGAAUUCCACAUGGGUUUAGUCUGCCCUCUAGUGGUAAAAGUGAGGAAAAUAGCUCAGUUUUAAAUACAGAUCACCCUAGACCAAAACCAGCAUCUAGGUCCAAUAUCACUCACGAGACUCCGGAUAAAAAAGGUGAAUCAGGUCAUAAGCCAAAGAUUAUUGGACGGCCUCCACCACCGGGGAUAAAAAUCAGUAAAGAUUCUGAGGAAAUGAAGCCUAGCAGACCUGCAGCCCCGGAUACCAGGCCCAAGUCUGCAGUGAUUGAUACGGAAUUACAAUUGGACAAUCCGAACAGACCUCCACAACCUCAAGGGGGUGCCCCGCCUCCUAGACCGACAAGUUUUGAUCAAAGACUUGUUGCCAAGCAAGGGACUUCAAAGCCUCCUUUAGGCCGGCCCCCUCCUCCUUCACCCAGAGAGAGGCUGACAACCCCAGGAGGAUCUGAAGGUAAUGAGAGUAAAGAAGGAAAACCAUCUCCUACCUUGGCUCCAAAACGUCCUCCAGCAGUUUCUCCCAGUAAAGUAAAUUCUAGGAGCAAUGACAGACCAGAAAAACCACAGCCACCUAGACCAGCCUCCAUGAGGCGAACGAGCUUGCCACAGCCACUUGGGAAGACCUCGUUGCCACCCGACCUUCCGCCCCGCCCCACUCCCGGCCACCCUCUGUACCACUACAUGGCUGGGGUGCCACAUGGGGUAGCUCUACACGAUUUCGAUGGGGUACAUGAUGGGGAUCUAUCCUUCAAAGCUGCAGACAGAGUGUUGUUGGUCAGCCAACUGGACGAGUCUUGGAUGCGAGGGAGGGUUGAUGACCGCGAAGGAAUCUUCCCUGUCGAGUUUGUACAAGUUGUUGUUCCUCUACUCAACCAGUCCCCUCCUGUAGGUCCGGGUAUUACUACCGAACCUAUUGCCGCCUGGGGAGACGACGAUUACGAUAACAAUCCACAGUCAUCAGUUAAACCUGAUACGAUUGGUAGUGGCCCGAGGUGCUGUGCUCGGUUUGACUUUGAGGGUGAAGGAGAAAACGACCUUCAGUUUGAGGAAGGAGAUUAUAUUCGCCUGCUGGAGAAAAUCGGUGACGAGUGGGCAGAAGGGGAGAUAAAUGGACGAACAGGAUCAUUUCCCUUAGUAUAUGUAGAAAUCAUCGAAGAUCUGCCAUUAAAGAAAAAGGAAGAACCAAACCAACCUCUGCAGAGAGCAGAAGUUUCUGGAAAUUCACCAUCGGAUCAUUUCGCGGGAGAAUCAAAACUACAGCCAUCCUCUGAAUUUCCUGUUUCCACGGUGAUGUACGACUUUGAAGGAUCUGAUCCAGGGGACCUUCCGUUAAAAGCCGGUGACAAAGUGCAGGUAAUCGGAAUCGUUAACGAUGAAUGGUUAUAUGGACAACACCAAGAGCAACGUGGUCAAUUCCCGGCUAAUUUUAUUGAUCCCAUUCCAAACAAUCUUCCACCUUUUCAACCAGAUGUGAAAAAUGUAUCCCAGAAUGUAAUUAAGGAGGAAAGUUUGGUGGGACAUGAGAGUGAUCUGCCCUUGUCUGACUGUACAUACUGUGUUGCACUUCAUUCCUUUAGUGGUGAAGCUGAUGAUGAGUUAAGUUUUUCUGAAGGGGAUAGGAUCCAAAUCCUUGAGAAUCUCGGUUCCGAUUGGUGUCGAGGAAAGCUAAAUGACAAAUGUGGAAUUUUUCCAUCAAACUUUGUAGAAAAGGAGGAGAAAAAUCCAGGUAAGGAGGGUCCAAUCGUAGAAAAGGAGGAGAAAAAUCCAGGUAAAAUUAAUCCACCACCAGACACACCGACAGAAGAUAAACUCCCAACACAAUACGGAACAACUUUGUAUAACUUUGAUGCAGUAGAAUCGAAUGAACUCAAUCUGAAGGUCGGUGAUCGUAUUCUGUUAGGUGAUUUUGUUUCGGAGGCUGCAGACUGGAGAUGGGGAGAGCAUGAUGGUCAACGUGGAAUGUUUCCUGUAGCAUUUGUGGAGCCAGAAUCAUAAUUUUUGAUUAAUCUCGAACCCCCCCUCUGAACAAACCAAAAGACCAGAAAAUAACAGUCAUUUUGUUUGACAUCAAAAAAGAAAUGUGUUGUGCACGUUUUCUGACCCUCAAUGUUUCUCUUGUGACAUUUCUUCAACAUCCAACCUCUAGUGUUUGUUGAAAGUCAUUGUCAGAAUUUUUUUAAAUUCUUGCCUGUAUGAAGUUUUUGCACUAUCGACUUGAUAACGACUCAUCACUAGGUUAAAGCAUACAGUUUUCAUGGUUUCAUUGGCAUUUAUUGAGAUAUGAAUGCAAAGAAAAUCCUUGAGUAAAAUACUGGCGACUUAUAGGACCUGCAGUCAUUCAAAUGUCAACUUGCAUUUUCAUUGCUAUUUACUCAUUAAUAUUCAUGACUGUAAAAUGCUUUGAAUAUUCAACAUCAUGAAUAUAUUUAAUGAAUAUUCAUCAUAAAUUCAACAUCUUCUAAUUACUGCUUCAUGAAAAUUCAACAAAGGAAACUGUGAUAGUUUUUUCCUCAGGAGGUGCACUUUCUAUGACACAAUUUAUUUAUUCUGACAAAAAGUUAUGAAAUUAUUGAUCAUUCAUUAUGGAAAAAUUAUGAUAAUGAGUCUGUGUACAACACAAUGUGAUUUUUCUACAUGUAAUUUAGGUGUAUGAUGAAAAUGUGAUUUGAUAAAAAGGAAUUUCAAAUUUUAUUGAUAUUAAAUUGCCUUGGUGUAGUUUUAUGUAAGUUUGUUGUCUUUUAGGUUGUUACGGUAAUUUAAUUACCAUAUCUGUUGAACUGCUAUUGGUGCAUGUGCACAUCUACUUUUUGUGUUGCAAGUCUGGUUUGAAGAAAUAAGAAAACUGAAAUUUGUAUCUGAUUCAGAAUUUUUUUCGAUGUAUAUUUUCAACAAGGUGCAUAUUUUUGAUACACAUUGUGUAAAUAUUGUAAUUAUGCCCCUGCCAUAAAACGGGCAUCUUCGCUAGCUAAGGCUUCUGAUUACGUUUCACUCCAGGAACGUCCGUGGAGUGAAACGUAAUCAGAAGGCUUGGCUAGUGAAGGUGUACAAUAGGUGAGGUGGGAUCGGAGCAUAUGGUGAUGCCAAUGUCCAUCCCGUCACAUCACAUCCUGUCAAGUCUAGUCACCUCUCUAUUCAAAGAGAACACUUGGCAACUUCAUUGACAGAUUUUGGUCAAACUUUAAACAAGGUCAGUGACAGUGGGGACAUUUUCUAGUUAAUUAAUAUUUUAAAGGAAAUUAAGGUCAAUUUUCAAGGAAAUUUAGGUCAUUUUUUCUGUAAGAUUACAUUUAAAAACAGUUGUAAGUGUAUGAAUUUAUUAUUAUACUAGGAAUUUUAACAAGGAGUUAAAAAAUAAAAUACCAGCACAAAAGAUGCAAUUUAUUUUUUGAUAUUAUCAGAAUUUUUUACUGGUUGUUAGAAGCCUGUUGGUAAAUGCAGUCAAUGUGGUUCAUCUAUUUUUUACUGAAACAUUUCAGAUGAUGAAUCAUUAGACUGGUAUGAAAAUGUUAAUACCGGCCUUGAGAGUCUUUGUCAAGGAUCGUCUGAAAAUAACUUCAAAUCACUAUAGGUCUGUUCUUACUUCACACAGGAACAACUCUUGUCCAAUCAGUCCAACCAUGUACAUGUAGAGUCCAAUAAAUGAAAAAUAUAAUGGCUGCCUUAUACGUGACCCAGUUUUGAUAUUACAGAGUAGAGUUGAUGGCUUAAACUAAUAUUGAAGGAUCCUGAAUAUUUUUAGAUGUACAUGUUCAUUUUAUAGAGGUUUGCAUUUAUGAAAAAUAUUUUUUUUGUGAGUUUGAAAUCCAAGCAGAUAUUAGCUCAUGUGAUAUCUACUUUUAAAAGUUUAUAAAAUUGAAUCAGGAAAAUUAAUAUCCAUAUUGUAUGAAAAUUACCAUUUAUAAAAUUAAAACAGAAAAAUUAAUAUCCAAAUUAUAUGAAAAUUCCCAUUUAUAAAAAAAAUUGAAACAUAAAAAUUUAUAUCCAAAUUACCAGGGUAUAUGAAAAUUACCAUUUAUAAAAUUGAAACAGAAAAUUCCCAUUUUCAAAAUUGAAUCAGAAAAAAUAAUACCAAAAUUAUAUGAAAAUUACCAUUUUUGAAAUGGAAUAAAAAAAUUCAUAUCGAAAUUAUAUGAAAAUUACCAUACAUAAAAUUGAAUUAGAAAAAUUAAUAUCCAAAUUAUUUGAAAAUUACAUAGACUGAAUAUAUGUCAAGGAAAUCUGUCAAAAGAUUGUUUUCAAAAACAAACACUUUUAGUGAAAAGAUGAUAAUAAUAACCAUUUUGAAUAACGAUCCAUUGUUGAUUUUGAAGAUUAAUAUCAAAAUGUGAAUGUUUUGUUAUCAACUGAUGGCUAGGGAGUGAAAUUAAAGUUACUCUUUAAUUAGUGGAUCAAAAAAUUAUUAAGUGAAAUAUUUGAAAUAAAAUGAUGUGAGUUUUGUGGAAAUUUAUAUGUAAUGAACUCAUUUGAGAUUCCUUCAAUAAAUUUAUUCCAGCUGAAAAAUUGCUAGAAAAUGAAACUUUAGCAUCCUUUAAAAGUAUUUUCAUUGUGAUUGUAUUGACUGCAAAUUAUGCAAAAAUAUUCUUUUUGAAAAAUGUUGUAAAAUGAUAUAUGUGUUAACAGUUUUGUGAUAAUCUGUUUGAAUUUGUUUUUUGGAUGUUUAAGUUUUCUGUUUUUAUUUGGUAUUGUUGAAUUAUUAAAAUUUUACUAAAAAGUGCUAACUUAUAUGUAAUUAAAGUGAUUUAUUAAUGUGACUAAAAUGUCUCUAACUAUUCUAUUAAUUACUGAUUUAUAUAAGUAUUAAUUUGCUGAAGAAAUAUGAGCUGAAAAAAAUGUUGAAAUAUUUCUUGUUUACAUAAAAGUAAAAGUUGUUUUUACUAACUCGAAUAAGGUACAUAUUGAAAUAUUUUCUAAUGUGCAAUCUACCAGUAUAUGUAAAGUUAAAGUUGUGAAACUAGAAUUGGGAACAUAUUGAAAUAUUUCUAAUGUGUAAUCUAUAUGUAAGGAGAAAUUUGUUUUUACUAACUAGAAUUGGGAACAUAUUGAAAUAUUUUCUAAUGUGUAAUCUAUAUGUAAGGAGAAAGUUGUUUUUACUAACUAGAAUUAGGAACAUAUUGAAAUAUUUUCUAAUGUGUAAUCUAUAUGUAAAGUGAAAGUUGUUAUUACAAACUAGAAUUGGGAACAUAUUGAAAUAUUUUCUAAUGUACAAUGUAUAAUCUAUAUGUAAAUUGAAAGUUGUUUUACUAACUAGAAUGGGAAACAUACUGAAAUAUUUUCUAACGUGUAAUCUAUAUGUAAAGUGAAAGUAGUUUUAAUACUACUUAUCAGACAAAACAAUGUGAGAGUCUCUAAAGUAAAAAGCAUAAAAAGAGGACUUUUGGGACCAUAAAUGAUGUCCAAAUUUACAGUGUUGAAAUUGAAAAAAGAAAUGUUUGGUAAAAUGAGAUUUCACUCUAAGCUGCCGUGGUUGUUUUUAAAUCUGAUGAUUUGUGAUGAUAACAAUCCUGCCCUAUUUUGGUGCCUUCAUUCAUGUGACUGCUUGUAUACAAUGUAAAGUUAAAAGUUUAUAUACUGCUAUAUAUUCUAAACAUACCUUACAAGACAACUUUCUGGUCAAUCUGAAGAUAGCUUAUCAUAUAUUUUGUACACUAUUUAAAAAUCUCGCAUAUUUAUUUUUGCAUUUGAGAAAUGUCAUUGUCACAUUUAGCUAAUCAUAGAUAUACAUAUGUCACUAAAAUGCUUGUAAAUCAUAGUUUUUUCAGAUGCUUUUUGUCUCGAUAUGCUUCUAGAUGCGGCUCUUUGAUAUGCUGUUUUCAUCUCUGUCACAGAGGUACUUGUAAUCAUGGCCUUUCCUAUAAAUAAGCUGAUGACACCAGUGGUGGCGGUUUUUCUCAGAAAGUCGAGAAGCUGGCUAGUCUGUGCUGUCAUGGUUAUGUCCUUGUGCAAGACACCUUCCCAUUUUUGCUCUGGAUAACAUGCAACGGGCCUUUGAGGCCCGUAUGUUGUUCAGUGUGGUAGUCACUAGCUACUAGUACAAGGAAACCCUGCCUCAAUAAGACCCUGGCUGUUAAUGGGGCAAUGAACCCAAUUAACACUUAGACAGAACACAAACCAUCGUCAAUGAGUCAAGACCUAGUUAUAUAAACAGUCACAUUGGUGAUAACACAUAACCAACCUACCAAGAAUCUGUCGUUACCUUUUUGUGUGGGUAAAGAAGAUAUAGAAAAUCUAGGAUUAUUUGCAGAAUUUCUAAAUUGUCCCAAUAUUUACUUUUAUAUGAUAGAAUCUAAUAGGAAAUUAAAACUAUAUAAUUAAUUAUAUUCUUUUUACUUGGGGAACAGAGAAGAUAUAAACUCAUAUUUUUUUUAUUACUUUGUUUGUAGGAAAAGAGUUGCCUUGAAUAAUAAACACAAGAAAAUAACUAUCAAUUUCACUAUGCAAAGUGUUUUGAAUCCAAGCUCAUUUUGUUUACUUUUGUGUGUGUAGCGCUUGUAAAUACUAACUCCUAUAUUCCGCUUGGUUAGUGAGCACUUCUCUUUAGCUUGAUCAGUUCAGCGUAAGACUAGUAAGCCAGAAGUCCCGGGUUCGAUCCCUAGCGGAGGCAGUGUUUAAUCACACACUUUGUUAAAUUGGCGCCCAUGUAUAGGAAACUCAGGAAAAAUACAUGCCAUUGCUCCACAAGCAUUGCCAUUACACGUGCAAAAAUUUGAGGACAAGUUCUUUCCUGGAGAAGAAGUAUUUAACCCUGGUAAAUACUAGCCGCAAUAUUCCGCUUGGCUAGAAAGAUCUUCUCUUUAGCUUGAUUGGUUGAGCAUAAGACUACAUAAUGUAGCAAGCCAGAGGUCCGGGGUUCGACCCCUAGCAGAGGUAUUGAUUUAAAUUUGAUUAAUCAUAUGCUCUGCUACAUGAAUACUUUAGAAUAUGUGAAUUACAGUAUAAAUUGUAAAUCAGGAUAUUUUUUAUUAAAUUCAAUUUUACUGAUUCUUUCCCAAAAUAAAAUUACACAUGUAUUCCUCCUUAUUAAGAUCUAUCUAACAUACAUAAAAAAAAAUACUGCCAUUAAUAAUUAAUGUAUGCAAAUUUGUAGAUAUCACCAUGUCAAAAAUCAAUAUAUGGUAUGUAUCUAUGUAGGUAAUAUAAGUAUAUAUAGUAUUGCUUAUUAUCACUCAUGAUCAUGAAGUAAAUCGAUGAUAAAAACAUGUUUACUGUACUCUGACUAUUUACUUAUAAUCCAUGUUUAUAUUACUUACCAUAAUCAAAUUUUGAUAUAAAUAAAAACAAAAUUUUGUACUAGGUUGUGGAUAAGAUUUGAGGGAAUUUUCUUUAAAACAUUUUACAAACUUUUUUUUAAAUAUUUGGUUGUUUGAAAUUUAAUAAUUUAAUUUUAAAAUUGCAAUUGCUUGCCUAUUUUUUGUCAAUUUGAGAAAAAAAAUACUGAUAUUUAUUUUACACUAAUAAAGGACAAGCUUAAAGUGACAUGUAGUGUAUAUUAUCACUUUUGUUAUCCCAUUUGACCAUGUACAAAGAUUUCAAAACAAGGUAAAACACAAAGUAUGUGAACAAAGUUGGCUAUGUAACCUUUUAUUUUCAUUUACAAUGAUAGAGGUCUCAAUCCCAGCCAUCUUGGCAAAAUUCUUUUUUCGUCUGCCUCAAAUUUCCUGUAAUUUUAUAGAAUUGCAUGAUCAAAUAAACAAAAGUCCCAAUCGUUGUGAUAUAUUGCAUAUUUAUCUGGUAAUAAGCCCAUGUCUGGUAAUAAGCCCCAGUCUGACAAUAAGCCAAUGUCUGACAAAAAGUCCAUAUCUGGCAAUAAGCCCGUCUUACAAUAAGCCAAUGUCUGACAAAAAGUCCAUAUCUGGCAAUAAGCCCCUGCCCGACAAUAAGUCCAUGUCUGGCAAUAAGUCCAUGUCUGGCAAUAAGCCCCGUUCUUACAAUAAGCUAAUGUCUGACAGAAAGUCCAUAUCUGGCAAUAAGCCCCUGCCUGACAAUAAGCCACUGUCCGACAAUAAGUCCAUGUCUGGCAAUAAGCCCAUAUCUGACAAUAAGCCCCGUUCUUACAAUAAGCUAAUGUCUGACAGAAAGUCCAUAUCUGGCAAUAAGCCCCGGUCUUACAAUAAGCCAAUGUCUGACAGAAAGUCCAUAUCUGGCAAUAAGCCCCUGCCUGACAAUAAGCCAAUGUCUGAAAAAAGGUCCUUGUCUGACAACAAGCCCAUGUCUUAUAAUAAGCACACCCACAUCUAUUGCAGAUCAGUGAAAAUGCUAACUAUGCUAUUUCAUAUUGUCUUGCAAUAAGCUUGCAUUUUGAGUCGAAGUGUACAGCUUUGCCACCUGGGCUUUUUACAAGAUAAAUACCUUAGCUGUCCAUUUAAUUUAUAAAAUGAAGAUGCACUCUUCAAGGAGAUGUUAAGGGAUGUUAGACACAACUGCUACCAUAGGCCUAAAGUAAUUAUUUGUACAUGUAUAUAUAUUUGCUAUGCUAUUUUAUGACCGAGAUAUGCAUGUUUUUAAUAUGAACUACAAAUGUAAUUAAUGGUAACAUUAUUUUAUAUGGUAACUGAUUCACAGAUUAUUAAUAUUUAUUAUAUACACAAGUAUAUUGGAUAUUUUUGCUGCUUUAUGCUAUUUGUUAAUAAACUGACAUUUGAUAAAGAUGA